UAUAGGGACGUCAUAGAUUUAGAAUAGAGAGACACGCUUCAUAACUGUCAAAAAGUUUUCUUUCUCUUUCACACACCGCAAGUGAGUGAAUACCACCCGUCCGUUCCUUCAAGCGUGGCUAAUCAAGGCACGAAAAGAAAAAUGAGCAGCUCGGAGGAGGUGUCUUGGAUUUCUUGGUUCUGCGGACUACGCGGGAACGAAUAUUUCUGUGAGGUUGAUGAAGACUACAUUAAUGACAAGUUUAACCUGACUGGGCUCAAUGAACAAGUUCCGCAUUAUAGGCAAGCCUUGGAUAUGAUUUUAGAUUUGGAGCCAGAUGAUGACCUGGAUGAUAAUCCAAAUCAGUCGGACCUAGUGGAGCAAGCCUCGGAAAUACUUUAUGGGCUGAUACAUGCACGCUAUAUAUUAACGAACCGAGGUAUCGGUCAAAUGUUAGAAAAAUUCCAAUCUGGCGACUUUGGACAUUGCCCACGUGUUUACUGCGAGUGUCAAACAAUGCUUCCACUUGGUCUAUCUGACGUGCCUGGCGAGGCAAUGGUGAAGUUGUACUGUCCGCGCUGCAUGGAGGUGUACACCCCCAAGUCCUCGCGCCAUCACCACACCGACGGCGCCUACUUCGGCACCGGGUUCCCUCAUAUGGUGUUCAUGGUGCACCCGGAGUCGCGCCCCAAGCGCCCGGCCUCCCAAUUUGUACCUAGGCUGUACGGCUUCAAGAUCCACCCGCUCGCGUACCAGAUCCAACAACAGGCCGCCGCGAACUUCAAGGCGCCGCUGCGGGGCCUCUCUUACAACAACGAAACGAAGACUUCCAGUAACAUUCCAAAAUGAUUAUUUUCGUGUGGCGCGCGCAGUGGCCGCGGUCGGAGUGUGUCGGAGUGUGUCGGUGCGUGUCGGUGCGUGUCGGAGUGUGUCGGUGCGUGUCGGAGUGUGUCGGCGCGGGUCGGGCCGCGCCCCCGCCGCCCCGACACACCCCGCGACGCUAGCGACACUCGCGGACAAACGUUGACGGACCAGGCCGAGACCCGACACCGCUAAUGCAAACUAUACCCGACCUCCUGUAACUUUAACUAAUAUUAUAAGAUAAUAAUAUUUAUUAUACCAUUACACAUUAUUUAAUGAAAACUGAUUAAUGAAAGUUAUGUUUUAAUGCAAUAAAGUUUAUUUUUACGUUUUCUGUACAA